UGGUGCAUGUGGGUGGAUGAUUCUAUGACGUUUUAAAUCAUUUUCAAUUUUCAUAAUAUAGAAAAAAAUAUAAGUUUGGAUUGGAAAAAGUACAAAUCAAACAGGUUUAAUUAUGAUGAAUAGAAGCUCAUUUAGUGACUAUAUGAGUUUAUCAGCAAAUUGGAGGAAAACGUAAAUAAAUCGAUGUUAUAGAAUUAGCCCAUAAGAAAAAUGGAUUACAAGAGUGAAUAUAAAUUAAAGUCGCCUUCCCCUACCAGUAGUAUAGCUUCAAGCUUAAAUUUUGUCCCGAGAAGUCCAUCAAUACCUUUACCAGUUACUCAACGGGAUUGUAUGUCAGCUGCUACGAAGAGAUAUAAAUAUUUACGUCGAAUAUUUAAAUUUAAUCAGAUGGAUUUUCAGUUUGCUCUGUGGCAAAUGGUCUACUUAUUCAUAGCGCCACAAAAAGUUUACCGAAAUUUCCAUCAUAGGAAACAAACUAAGUCUCAAUUUGCUAGAGAUGAUCCAGCAUUCUUAGUUAUUUUUGCAGCUUGUUUGUGCAUAACUUCAAUAGGGUUUGCUGUGAUUUUACGUUUAAGUUUCUUACAGUUUAUUCAUUUUUUACUUUAUGUUGUAUUUUUUGACUGCAUAGGUUUAGGUAUUAUCAUUGCUACACUUUUUUGGUUCAUUUUAAAUAAAUAUUUCAGAGUUGAUGAGCAUUCUGAAGAUGUUGAAUGGGGUUACGCAUUUGAUGUUCACUUGAAUGCUUUUUUUCCUCCUUUAGUACUACUUCAUUUUUUCCAAUUAUUUUUCUAUAAUGGUUUAAUCAGUCAUGAAUGGUUCAUUUCAAGAUUUUUAGGUAAUACAUUUUGGCUAGUUGCUGUAUUAUAUUAUAUGUACAUAACAUUCUUAGGAUAUAGCUCUUUAUAUCUUUUGAAAAGAACUCAUUUGAUUCUAUCUCCUAUACCUGUGUUUUUAUUCAUGUGGGUUGUGAGUUUACUAGGAGGUUUCAAUAUAACUCAUGCCCUCAUUACAUUUUAUAAAAGAAGAGUCAUAUGAAUUCAACUUAUAU